CUCGAAAUCUUAUUGGUCGCUGGACACACAAGCACGAAAUGCAUCGCAGCCAUGUUACGACGUGUGCAUAGAAUCGUGAGCUGUUCCAAUAUACUGGGGGAGGCAUAAAAGCAGAUAUUGGACAAUACAAAAAUUAACCUUCGCGAAUUGUCGGGGAUUUAAUGACACGAAGGUCUACGGAAUGUUAUUCCCAGUCUGAUUGACAGAUAUAUAAUAUUUACGCGACGCGUUUAACUCGGGAAUAGAAUUGGAAUAUCAAAGAAAAGCUAUACCCUUUACAUUUAUCAUGAAGUAAAUUUGUUUUUGUGCUUUGGAAAGAGAGAAAGAGAGAGAGAGAGAAAGAGAGAAGGAAGGAGGCGAUAAAGAGUGCAAAAUUAAAACAAAUUUCGUAUACGUUUGAAGAACAGUAUUUUUCGAAAAUUGCUGUUUCCUACGUUUGGUCGGAUUAAGAUGCCAGGUUGUGCAGCUAUUGGUUGCAACAAUCGCAGCGAGAAGGGAUAUAUCAUGAAAUGUUUUCCUCGGGAUCCAAAGUUAAGGAAGAUAUGGCAGGAACGUGUUGCUAGGGCCGAUUGGGAGCCAUCCAACAAUUCCUUUCUUUGUCAUGUACAUUUUGAACCUGAAGAAUGGUCCAUACUGCCAAACGGCAGAAUCAGACUGAGAAAGAAUGCUGUGCCAUCUAUUUUUACUAUAACAUCGACUAGAAAAUCCCCUAAAAAGCGUGGAAAGUUAAUGAUCAGAAAUAUGAAGAAACAAAAUGAAUGCGAGGACGAUAAUACGAUGGAAUAUUUAGAGAAUGACACUGAACAUUCAUCAAUUGUGGAAGAAAAGGAUUCCGAUUCACAGGAUAUUGAUGAUCCAUCCAUACAGUCGCUUAUAUAUCAGCGAGUAAAUCAUUCUCCACAAACAAUGGAAAAUAAACAAGUAUCUUACAGACAAUACAGAGAUAUUAUGAACAAUCUUGAACAGGACAGUAUUAUUCUAAUCUCAGAUGAUAAUAUAGAGAUGGAAGAUAAUAGCAAAGAAUGCAACAAUGAAACACAAGCUAACGCAGAGAGUAAAAAAUCUAUCGGUAAUUGUGUAGCGGAUGAGAAUUUGAUCAAUAACCAGAAUGAAAGUUUUGUGAAAACAGAAGUAAAGCGAGAAAAUGAUCAAACUUCGUUUGACAGUUACGAUGAAAUAGAGGAGAAGUUGAAACAAAUUUGCGACGGUGAUCGUGAGGAAAGUAUAUCUAGUAAAACGAAGAGACUAAACUCAACUUCUAAUAACGGGGAAGAAAUUAUAGAAAAAUCAGUAACACAAGUCCCAAUAUUGCACAGAAGUAUAAAUUAUAAAUAUUCAUCGAAGGACGAAAUUGGAAGUCUACUUACUGAUGAUACAGAGAAUAUUGAAAUAAUUUUCGGCAGCGAGAGCGGAGAGGAAUGUGCCAGGGUUCCUAAGUGCACGUCUGACGAUAACAAUGAAGCAACCGAAGUUGAUAAGACGGAUCGAUGUGUCGCAAAUCCUAUUAGUGUUACUGAUAAUCAAGAGACUAAUAAAAAUUUUCCUGAAUCUAUAGAGACAGCUUUUCAAGGGGAGACUAUACACGUGAUACCAAACAUGAGAGCCGCCAUAAAACGUAAACGGAGAACUCGUGAGGAAAUUAUGGAAUCUAUAAAAAAAUCAAUUCGAAAUCCGUCCUCCCGGGAUACAAAUUCGAGCGAUAGCGAUAUUUCCGAUCACAUCGCGAAGAGAGAAAAGACGGAAGAAGAGCUGAACGCAUCUGAAAAUAUUGCUGGACCAGCUACGACAAAAUUUACGGUCAAAGUGUCUGGUGAUCGUGAAGAUAUAUUUGAUAUUAUGCAAGAUUUAUCUAAGGAUACAAAAGAGUUCACCAUCCAAGAAUGCAAAGAUAAUUAUGUGCACGAAGGAAAUAAUACUUUCGUUACGUCUAUUAUAACGAUAGAUGAUUCUCCAGAAGAAAUAUUUGUUAAAGAAGAACACAUUAACAUUAAAGAUGAAUAUAUUACAUCAAAAGACCAGGUCUCAUCCAACUUAAAAUAUGAUGAAUGUUCGAGAUUAUUGUCGCCGCAUUUUGAGGCGGAGAACGAUUUGCGUGUAAAUAGCUCUGCAAUGCUGGACAUUAACAGCGUAAAUGACCAACCAAAUUAUACCAAGUACGAAUGUCGAAAGUUACAACAAAAGGUAAAAGUACAAGAGGACGUUAUCAAGGAAUUAACCAACCAGCUCAUUUUGUACAAGAACUUGGAGAAGAAGCUGCAGAACAAAAAUAUGGCGCUCGAGGCAAAGACGAAGAAGAUGGAAAACAUGAUGUGCGAAUUUAACACGAAAACGGAUGGCGGGACGCCUUCAACGUCUGCAGCGAAGAAGAACAUGGAGCGAAAAUUGCUCGACGAUUUAACGAACAGAGUGAAUUAUUUGGAAGAGGUAAAUAAGAAACUAAUGAAAACCGUAACUGUGGAGGGCCAGUAUAAGAGAAAGCUGGAGGGGCAGAUCAAGCAGAAGGACAACCGAAUAAAGGAGCUCAAUUGGAAAUUGGAGAAGGCUUCAAAGUUCCUCGAUCGUGCGGAGAAGAAUACAAACACGUACAGAAGGAAGAUGCUGAACAUGCAAACCUUCAUGAGAAGGAAGAAGCUCAUGGACGAGAAAAUGAGUAGGUUCAACGAGAUGUUGAUGGACAACGUGAAGGAUGGCUACACUGACAAGGCUGUAGCGAUGGCGAUGGAGCUCAAGGAGAUUUGCGGCUCCAGGGGAUACGACAAGUUGUUGAACUUUGGAUUUCCGCUUCCAUCAUUGUCAUCUCUGCGAACCUCUCAGCGCAACAAUUCUCUGGAUUCUAACGAGACCGGUAACGCGACUCUGCAAGCUGGUCCUUCAGAAUGUAACGUGAAUGAAGAGACUCAUGUACAGGUUGCGAAUGAUGAGGAAGCAGAAUCGGAAAUGAGGAAUCAAGUUCUAGAAUCGAUUUGCGAAGGAAUCGAUGCGACGAACGAGGAGGAUACGGAGGAGACGAUAAUGGGCACUGUCCAGGACAUCUUUGAGGAGAAUAACGACGUCGAUGAUUUCAGUACAAAUGAACUGAGAGAACAUUUUAUGCUGCAAUUGAAUGCAGUUAUGUAGCCGUGGAUUAAUAGCGCGUGUCUCAAAUUACAACGCAUAUGUAAUUAACAUCUUUUAAUUAAUAUUAAAGUUAUGAUUUUAUUAUAUCAUUGUGUAAAAUAAUCAUAAACUCUUGUACAAUAUGUCGUCUCGCACAUCGUGACUCGGAAUCUUGUUUCACUGGAAUAAUUUUUAGCCGUAUUGUAUAAUAUUUACAUAUCCGGGAAG